AUGUACUCGUCUUCCAAUUCGUUUCUGGGCGGCGGAAACACCGCCCGUCCUGGUCCUGCGCCUGGAGGCUUUGGACCGCAGCAAUCUUUCGGCUCUUUCAAUCAAGCUCCUCCGCAACAGCAAUCGCCCUUUGCUCCGCAGCCCACCGGCUUCCCCGGUCAGUUACAAGCUCAACAGACCGGCUUUCCGGGUUAUCAGCAGCAGCAGGGUUUCCAGGCUCCUGCGCAGCAACCUCAGUUUACGGGCUAUCCUCCUCAGAAUCAACCCCAGCAACCCCAGUUCCAGCAGCCUCCUCCGCAGGCGCCAGCUUUUCAGCAACAGCCAUCCUUUCCAGCAGCUCCUCCUCCUCCGGCACAGCAACCACCUGUAGCUGCCCCGCUUCGCCCUCAGCAGACUUCUGCUCAGAUUGCGGCCUCCUUUACCCAAGGCUCCACCGGCACAUCUGCGGCAAAGAGGAGGCAGAGCAAGAGCUCCAGCAGGAUUCCGAACAUUCGAUUGUCUUUCAUCACUGCUACCGACCAAGCGAAAUUCGAGCAGCUGUUUAAGUCCGCCGCGGGAGAUGGCCAGGCAUUGAGUGGAGAGAAGGCCAAAGAUCUGCUUCUCAGGUCUAAAUUGCCGGGCAGCGCCUUAUCGCAAAUAUGGAUCCUUUCAGAUACUACAAAGUCAGGGCAGCUCCUUUUCCCGGAGUUUGCUCUGGCAAUGUAUCUGUGCAAUCUGAGGUUGACCGGAAAGGAUCUGCCUAGCGUCCUUCCCGAGAAGAUCAAGAACGAGGUGUCGAGUAUGGUCGAUAUCAUCUCCUUUGGUGUCCCGGACGAGAAGCCUCUGCCGCCAACGCGGUCAAACGUACCGGACUUCGACGCUCCGCUCCGUCAGAAUGCUGUUUCUCCGCCUGCUCCUCAGCAGCCGACCCCACAGCAGCCCUCAAAUCAGCAGCUUUUGUCGCAACUGACUUCUCAACCGACGGGGUUUUACAACCAGGCUACAGGAUUUCAGCCCGGACUCCAGCCGCAGCCCACAGGCUUUCCUGGGCUAUCACAGGGACUACAGACGCAGCCCACUGGUUUUGUAAAUCCCGCCCAGCCAACUGCUUUUGGCGGCGCUCGGCCUUCAAUGCCUCUCAUGCCCACGAGUGGCUUUGGUUCCAAUGUCUCGCCGCAACAAACUGGUCAUCUACAAACCCAGCCGACUGGACUUCCCGGUCAAUGGGGUUUUGUCAAUACGCCUGCCGGAGGUCUACCCAACAUUGAAGCUCUACAACAGCGUCUAAUGCCCCAAGCUGGCCGCGAGGCCGGUGGGUACACUACGCAAGGGCUAUCCGGGAGCGCAAAGAUUCCUUGGGCGGUCACCAAGGACGAGAAGAGAAUUUAUGAUCAACUGUUUCGAGCUUGGGACGGCUUAGGCAGAGGUUUCAUUGCCGGAGAAACGGCCAUUGAGAUCAUGGGUCAGAGUGGUCUGGAGAGAUCUGACUUGGAAGCCAUUUGGACCCUGUCUGAUCCUAAUAAUAAGGGUCGGUUGAACAUGGACGAGUUCGCCGUGGCAAUGCACCUUAUCUACCGGAAGUUGAACGGGUACCCAAUCCCCGCCCGACUUCCCCCGGAACUCAUUCCUCCCUCAACGAAGAAUUUCAAUAGCUCGAUCGAUACCGUCAAGUCUCUCCUGUCCCAAGAUGCAGAGGCUAGAAAGUCAUCGGGCGCAUUCCUGCAGCCACAAAAGACCGGUGUGAGCUAUCUUAAGGAUCAUUCGUUCCGCAGCGGCUCUGCAUCGCCCAACUUUGGUCGCAAAGAUGCAACUGUCUUUCGGAAUAAUGACGAUGAUGUUGGAUAUCGUUCGAGCGCGAGGCGCCGUAUUGGACAUGGGGGUAGAACCCCUUCCCCCGCACCGUCAUCCGAUAUGGGGGAUAGCGUGUACGAUGACCUGACUCCCGAUCAAAUUAGGAAGAAGAUUCGGGAGAAGAAGAUCUUGCUCGACGCUACUGAUUUCCAGGACGAGCGACAAGCGGAUGAUGAUGAUGUCUUGGAUCGAAGAGACAGACGAGAGGCUGAAGAUCUUUUCCGGCAAAUCCGGCGAAUUCAGGACGAUAUCGACACACAUCCCAAUUCCGGAUUCGCUGGGGGUGACACUGGCGCAGAGAGGAGAGCAAUGAGAAGGGAGCUACAGCGAUACCAAGAUCGUCUGCCAGCGUUAGCGUCAGACGUAAGGAAGGUUGAGAAGAGCAUUGCUGAAGCCAAGCUGCAACUUUUCCGCUUAAAGGACGCCAAAGCUCACCCGAACAGCGCUUCUAACAUUGUUGGAACUGGCCCUGGUGGCACUGUGACCGAAGCCGACCGCAUUAAGGCGCGAGCGCGGGCUAGGAUGCAAGCUCGAGCUGCAGAGCUUGCUGGUCGCCCUGCCCCCGCUGCCGAUGACGAAGCAGGUGCGCAGAGGCGCUUAGAACAAGAGACUUCCAAGGUCAAGUCGGAACAAGAACGGCACGAGGCCAUGACUAGAGACGUUGAAGAGAGCGUAAAGGACUUUGUUUCGAGUCUCGAAGAUGGUUUGCGAGACCAAGGGGAAAACGCAACUCAAGAGCAUGAACGCAGAAGGUGGGAGGAAGCUCUUGGUGUCGAAGAUGAGAUAAAGGAACUCAUCUACGAUCUGCAGCGGAGCAGUAGAACCGCGAAGAUCCGCAAGGAAGAGCAAUCACGGCCGGUCAGACAAUCGUCGCGCGACUACUCUCACGACGAAGCCAAGCCCACAAAUGGCAACUUGCCUUCGCGACCAGCUCCAACUUCGGCCCCUUCAACCUCUUCCGUAACGACAGGCCACACGCAGCAGGACCGCAUUGCCACUGCCAAGGAGAAGGCCUUGAAACGUAUCCAAGAGAGAAUGGCUGCAGCUGGUAUCAAGUCAGCUGGGGAGCCUAGUGAAACUUCCCAGCAGCGCCAGGAACGUGAGCAACGAGAGAGAGCCGAGCGACUUCGCAAAGCCGAAGCCGAAGAUGCUAGACGUGAGCAAGAACGACAGCAGAGACUAGCCAAUGAGGGCGUAGCCCCUCCAAGCCCGAAAGCUGAAAAGAAGCCCCCCCCGCCACCAACUCGAAAACAGAGACAAGACAGCACAGAUCUCUCCGCGAAGAAAGCAGCCGAGGCAGCAGCCCGUGCGAAGGCGGAGGAAGAAGCCGCGGCGCAGAUUAGAGCAGAGCAGGAAGCAGAGGCGCGAGAACGCAAACGGCUGGAGGCCCAGGCCAAGGCGCAAGAAGACGAGCUGGAGAAGGAGCGUGAGGCCGCCCAGGCUCGCUUGCGAGCGCUUGAAGAGCAAGUCAAGGCAGGUAAGGUGAAGAAACAGGAAGAAAGGGCUCGGAAGAAAGCGGCAGAGAAAGAGGCCAAGGAGAAGGAGGCCAAGCUUGCUGCACAAAGAGCCGAGCUGGAGGCUGCCCGAGAAAGAGAGCGGCAACUCCAGCUUCAACUUGAACAUCUUGGAGAUGAGUCGUCGUCUGACGACGAGGACGAGGGCCCGCAACAGAUUACGCCCCAAGAGAGCACACCGGCAACCAGUCAAAUGCUGACUGGCUCUAUCGCCUCACCACCACCAAGUACUGCCCCUCCAGAACCCUCUGCAAGCAGUGGCCAUGAGCCGACCCCCGUUUCCAGCCCACCCGCUGCCGAAGAGUCAAGGAACCCAUAUUUCCGAAAGCUUUCCCAAACACAACCAUCAGAGAAUGGAAAGCCAGUCUUCUCUCCACCCCCCAUCCCGCAAGCUCAGGCAUUCUCACCUCCGCCAGCGCCUCAUCCACCUGCGCCGCCUGCCGAGAGUCUGCCAUCAACUAAUCCCUUCCACCGCAUUGCUCAACAAGAGGCUGCUAAGCCAUUGACUCCGAGCUUUACUGGGGCUCAAUCACGGCGUCGUCCCGAAGAGGACGAAUGGUCUGCUGCGGGCUCUGACAGGGAUGAAGACAGUGACGAUGAAGCCGAUCACCCGGGUGGGGGAUCUGCAAAGCAUUUGGCUUCCAUCUUGUUCGGUACCAUGGCACCACCCAGGCCAUUGUCCGCCAUGGACAGUAAGCCCCAGACGCCCGUCCAAGAGCCGCCACCUAUUCCAGGUACGUUUGACUCGGGUUCCGCUCCACCGCCUCCUCCGAUUCCCGGAAGUGGUGCACCAACGGCACCGCCGCCUCCACCCCCGAUGCCAGACGCUGGUGGUUUCAAUGCACCACCGCCACCUCCUCCGUUCCCUAACUCUGGUGCACCCGGAGGUCCGCCGCCGCCUCCGCCGAUGCCUGCCCCAGCUCGUGCUGGAACUGGUGAUAUUGGUGCUUUGCUGGGUGAGAUCCAGAAAGGUAAAGGACUGCGAAAGACUGAAACGAAGGAUAGGAGUGCCAGUGCCGUCGCUGGAAGGGUUUUGGAUUAG